UUUACGCCCAUCGCUCACAAACUUUCCUGAAGGGCACAUGAACAGCUGUUCGCAGCUGAAAACCCGAGUUGACGGCUCGGAUGGCGAUGUACAUUCUGUGGCGAAUGCGGGCGUGUGCAACUGUGCGCAACUGCCAAGUUGAUAGCGGUUCGUGUUGAAUAGACGGCGAGGGCGGGACGAACGGGCAUGGAGGUGCAGGUGGUUAUUGGUGGUUAUAGUGCUUUUGGGACAUCAUAGGGGUUGUUAGCGGUGGCACUGCAAACUCUGAAAAAUUAAUAGUAAGAAAGUGAAUUCUCUUUUGGCAAAACAUUAAGUGGAUUUGGCUGAUUUCAGAUCAAAGUAUUACUUCGAAUUACUUUUUGCUCUGGCGUCAAGGAAUUUUUAAGUAGGAUCGAGAAUAAAACAUGAAGUUCGCCAUUGUAUGUGAAGAAUAUUGAAUAUAUGGUUAACUAUGGACCAUGAAGCUGUGGUGUGAAGGGCAAGGUGUUUUUACGUGUGAAUCUAGGUUGCAACUUGACUUGGCUUCAUAGAGUUGAGUGAUUACAUUCAUUUGUGCCUGUUUGAAUGGUUUGAGGUUAUGCAGGAAGUUGCAUUAUUUCUACAUUUUCAAGAGAUAUGAUUAAAAAAUUCAAAUUAAGUUAAUCAAUCAUGGCAAGUGACAGUGAAUCCUUAGCUGCUUUAGAAAUUCUAAUGAAUGAAUUCUUUGCUCCUCAAACCAGUAACGACAGGAAACGUGAGAUUGAAAGUCUCUUACACAAUUUUAGUAGUCAACAAGGGGCAUGGAAACAUUGCCUGUACUUCAUGUCAAAUUCUUCAAAUCAUUUUGUUUGCAUGUAUAGCCUAACUACAAUUGAGAAAAUAAUUACAAAGCAAUGGCUUGGUCUGAUGUGGGAAGACCGUGCUCAGUUGAAAGCUACACUGUAUCAGUUAGCUCUGGAACAUCAUCAAACAGCUCCAAAUUUUAUACGCAACAAGUUAGUGAAGUUAGUGGUUGAUAUUGCUCGACUUGAUUGGCCUCACUUUUAUCCAGACUUUUUCACAAACAUUCUCCAGUUGAUUCAGAACUCUGAAACCACUGUUCUGGGAUUAGUAUUUCUGCAAACAGCUUCAGAAGAAUUAGUUUGCCCUUGGGAGGACCUCAGUGUAUCCCGUAAAGAAGAAUUGCGACGACUGUUGUUAGCUCACAUUCCUCAAGUAUUUUCAAUUCUUACAGCACUGCUGGAACGAGUAGCACAAAAGCAAAGGCAUGGGGUAACUGCUACUCCUCCUCCGUCUCCUACUCAUGGCCAGCCCAAUUCAACAUCUCCUGUGCACUCAGGUUCUCUCUUAAGCUCAAUGUUUGGAAGCAGCAGAUGUAGUUUGGAAAAUGAUAGUGAUUCUAUUGCUAGCCUCACUCUCCAAGCCUUGGCACAUCUGUUUUCAUGGAGUUCUCCAAGAGAUGAAGGUCAGUGUGUCGGAACUUUGGCUAUGGCUGCUGUCAAUGAAAUAAUGUAUAAAAACUGUGUUCCUAGUUCUUGUGAAGAAUUUCUACUCAAUUUAUUUCAGCAGGCUCUUCACUUAUUACACAAUUUACUGCAGUCAGGACAUUUAGACCAAAUUGAUGAAACGUACUUGGAGAAAGUGACAGAAUUUCUGCGUCUUUUUGUUGGUCUUCAUCUUCGUCGGUUGGAAAACAAUUCUAGAUUUCCAAUUCUUGAAUUUCUUACUUUACUAUUUAAGUACACAUUCCAACAGACAAAUUUGGAAGGCUAUUAUAAUUGUCUUGAUGUGUGGACUAUUUUCCUUGAGCAUUUGCAAACUCACAAAGCAUCUAUUGAAAGGUAUAAUGAUGCUUUGGUUUCUCUUGUGGGGCAGAUUCUUAGGAAAACUCAAUUCAAAUACAAUCAAGCUCAAUUGGAAGAACUAGAUGAUGAAUCACUUGAUGAUGAUAAACAAACAGAAUGGCAAAACUUUCUAAGGCAAAAUAUAGAAGUGAUAGCCAAAGUAGCUGAAUUGUUACCAAUGGAUACAUACAAUCAAGUGUAUGAACCUUGGAAAGAAUCAGUUAUGGUCUACAUGAGAUUAGAAAGAGCUUUGGAAGAAAAUGAAGAUUGUCGUAAGUUGGUUGUUACUGCAGAACAUGAGUGCCUUCGCCUACAUUGUCUACUUAGAGAUUUGUCUUCUCUUACCCAAGCAGUGGGGCGGAUGUAUCCGCACUUCAUAGGAGAAGUCCUUGCAGCUCGGUUUUCCCAUUCUCAGAAACUUAUGACACAACUCACUGCAAUGGCUACCUAUGCAUCUCGAUUACAACUUCAUCACAUUCAGGUGUCGGCAGGAGUGCUUACAUCAGACUUGGUGGAAGUGCAUGCUCAGGUGUUGGCUGCAAUGAAGGCCUGGUGCCAUUGGCUAGCCCAGAUGCAUAGCGAGGCUGGCCUCAAGCAUAUGUAUAACCAAUUUAUAAUAGAUAUAGUGGAUGCAACUGUACCUUUGUUGGCAAAACAGGGGGAGCCAGCAAAGCUAUAUCAUUCAGCAGCACAUUUGUUAGCAAGUCUAACAAUGACUGUAAGGCCAGCUCGAUUGUGGGAAGUGGAGUCCGUAAGAGAUCUGUAUCGGAAGGCUGCUUCACUAUCCUAUCUUCCUUCUGAGAGUCAACGCCUGGUGAAAAGGGCUCUCUGUUGCACUCUUCUUCUGCCCUGUGCUGGACUUGCCGAUCAAGGUUGGGACCAGCGGCAGAAACUACUAGCUGCUCUCUUGGAAUCUUUGACUAUAGAUUUCCGGCAGCUUCAGCACUCUUCCCCAGUUUCACCUCAGGCUGCCUGCCCUGUGAUCACCAGCACACUUACUCUGUUAAACGAUCUCGUCACUGGCAUGCAAUCUGAAGGUUCUAAUACCAGACAGCUUCUAUAUUCAGCUAUUCAGGUAUUUUAUAUUUUUGUAUUUUCCUUUGGAAUUUCCUCUUCUUUUUAUUAUGUUUAUUAUUGUUGUUAUGAUGAUGAUGAUGAUGAUGAUGAUGAGAUGAAUAUUUACCAGACGCUGUCAAUGUUUCCAACUUAUGUUCAUUCACCAAGUGUGUGUGAAGUCAUUUUAGAUUUUUUCCUGACCGCUUUUGGAGGUCUGCAACAGCAGCUUGGUGCUUCAUUUACAGAAACAACUGUCCAGACUUUCUUGGAUGUUUUUACAAGGGAACAUCUCUCAUCUUCUUUAGGUCAGGAGGGUGGAGCAGGAGCUCGUGUUGUGGACAAAUUUUUGCAACUUUUACAACUUGUCAUGGCUGAGCCUGGACACCAGUUUAAGCGUUUUGUUCCUAGUACCAUAACACUUUGUCUGGAUCAUGUCUAUCCACUGGUUGCAGAAACGCCUUCUCCCGAUAUAAAACCUUCUUUGUUUGCACUUCUUCAUGCUAUUCUAAUGCAUAAAUGGCAAUAUUUCUAUCGUUCAUCACUUUUACAAACAAUGAAUCAAAUGGGCAACGAAACAGUAGAACAUAGAGAGGAAUUUAUCAAGAUACUACAGGCUUAUGGUCAAUCCCUUUUACAACCAGAUAUUAAUAUAUUUGGCCAAAAUCUUCGCAGUCUAGAGCAAUUAAAUAGCAAAUGGAAACUUUAUCACAAACAUUUGUUCGGAGAAGAAUUACUCAGUCAGUUUGUGACUGUAUUAUUACAUUCCCUCAUUCACAAGUCUCAUGCUCUUCUUGAAGAAGAAAUUACUGUUGCAAUUUAUCACAUGGCUGCCGUUAACUUUAAAGCAUUCCAAAGUGACUUUCUACCACAGUUCCUACGCUCAACUGAGGGCCUUGACGAUGGUCAAAGGAGUAUUUUACAAAGGAAUUUCAAAGAUGAUGUGGAUCUUCCUUCCUUUACGCAAAAUGUGCAGAGAUUAGUCAAUGAUUUACGAUGUUAUCGCUUGUGCAAUUAUAGUCUUCCUGCUGGAAGCAUUAAACUAUGACCUUCUGUUUUAUAGAAGUGUGGCAUCAUGAACAUAGUGUUAAAAUAUGGAAAACAGUUGCCUACUGAAGGUGCACUUACCGAAAAUUAAAAUUUGUAUGUCUGAGUGUGUGUGGGUGGGAAGAGAUGUUUGAAAUGAAUGAAGAUAUUUUUUAUGAACUUACAAAAUAGGUAGACUAGUUGCAAAAAUUUAUAUUUGUUAUUAAUGCAUUUGUGUAAUUUAAAGUGACAAUUGUUUCCCUAUAUGGAGAAUGUCGCUCAUCGUUAAUUUUAAAAUUUUGUUAUGUAAAAUUUGUGUACAUUAUUUUUAUCUGUGAGUUUUGCACAGUUACCUAUGUACAAACGUUAUUAGCUUGUAAUGUAUGAGUGGACUGUGAAGUUCACGGAUAUAGGUUUUUGUUGAAACCUGAAAUAUUGAAAACCUGAUCUUUCUAGAGUGUUCUAACAAAAAGCAUCUUCAGUUAGUUUUUUCUAGCUUGAACUCCUUAUUUGCAAUAUUUUUGUUCUGAUACGCUUAUUUGAUUUUUCAUGAAUUACUAUUUAUUGUCCUACAAAAUAAUUCUGCCUUAAGAAUGUAAAUUCUUAUGUAAAAAACUGGUAUAUAUUGUUAUUAUCAACCUCUCGUAUUUUUUUCCAUGAAAAAACAUGUCACAGUCUGUAGUGUCACAGAUAGGAAAUCAAAUGUUUGUAUGUGAUGAUUGGUUAUUCUACUGUGGGAGAUGGAACUUUGAUAUUGACAGUUGGGCAGUGUCUCUACAUUUCCAUGGCAAUGUUUUAGCACAGCCCCCGCUGACCUGCAAUGCUGACCAUCAUGUUCACAACCAACAACAUGAUAGAGUUUUGGGCAUAGGCAAGGGCAUGAGUCACUGCUCCCUGUGUCGCAGACUCUAAUGAAAUAUAAGAGCAUGAUAAGAGAGUAAGCAAUGAAGAAGAUAUUUCAUCUAGACAUUAAACUCUUUAGCUACACAAAAGCUUCUAUGUUUGGCAACUCCACGCCACAUGCUCACUAACUGUCAGUACCAAAGAAAGAUCUCCCAAAGAAUAGUACGUAAUGUCAACCGUGAAUUUAUUUUUGUUAUGGUAAACAGCAUUAAAUUCAGAAACAUCUUUGAUUUCACUUCAAGGGAAUAGUCUGCUCUGUUACGUCAAAACAUGCCUUGAUUCUUUUUCUCAUUUCUUUCUCACUAAUGGUUUGGUUCAAACACGGUUCAUUUACAGAUUUACCUGCCAAAACAAAAUAAAAUUUACUUAAAAAUAAAAUAAAUGAAUGUUAUUUUCUACAUAGGUUUUGCACUUGAAACUUCUAUUUGUUCGACUUUUGUUUCUUGCAAUAAGAGAUGGGACCAGUAUUUGUGCUACUUCUUACUGUUUUGUAGUUGGUUGUAUAAAUGGAAUGCUAAAAUUUUAUUCAUUAGAAACAAUGAAAAAUAACCAACACUUGUUACUUAAAUUUGUAUGUUUUUAAUAAAUAUUCACAUUUCUUUCAAUAUUGGUAAGAAAUAUUAAUAGUAUAUGCAUGACAUUUCAUUUGACAAUGUUUAUUCUUUGUAAUUAUCACAAAAAUGAAAAAUACUUACACAGUGUUGAACACAUUUUUUGUGCACCAAGAGCCUCUAUUUAAUGAUAGGAUUGAUAUUCUGUGAAUCGAACGUAAGAAAACAGGGUUCCAUGGAAACGGCUUGCUUGGCUGACAGGAGAUGCUGCUUCCUAGGCACAGGCUGAAACUGCAUCUGUGCCUAGGAAGCAACGUCUUCUGGACAGCCUAGUAGAUAAAUCUAGCAUCAAAUCAUCUAAUAAUGCAAGGCAGAUUCCGACAUGACAUGAACAAACCAUUUCUUUGUAAGUUGCCUCUACCAACUAACCAUUUCACUGAAAAAUUUACUCUUAUUGCAAAUAGAAUUUAAUUAUUCAAAGAGCAGACAUAAUAAAGUGUUUAAUUGAAUAUUCUGAAAUCUAUCCAUUAUUCUCAGAAGAAAAUCAUGCAUAGUAUUUUCUGUGCCAAAAAAUCUACUACCAUGGCUUCAUUAUUUCAUUAAGAAUCAAAUAUUUGACCGGUAGGAAAGAGUACGAAACUUGUAGGUUUAGAAUUUUUAGACCACGGAGCUCCACUUAUGUCUUUGAAAAAAACUGAUAAGUUUUGGGAGUUUAUUUAUUCAGUUACUACAUUCCACAUUCCCAAGGAUUGCUGCAGAACAUUGGCAGUGAUGUCAAGAAAAUCAUGAUAUGUUGAACAGAAAAUUGUUUUCUUCUAGUAAAAGUAUUGUAGUAAUAUACAUGUAUAUCUACAAAUGAAAUAAUUGAAACCUUUACUUAAUUUUGUACAGCUUUCAAUAAUUCUGUGGACUGAUAUCAAGAAAAUUAUUUGAAAUUUAAUCACACUUUUCUACUUACAUACACAUUUCUUAAAUAGAUUUAACAAACUCCACAUCACAAUAAUGUAUUUGUUGAGAUUUAAUUAAAGUUUGUUUUCAAUAGUUUUUAUAAUAAAUGUAUCAAAAUUUUGUUUAUUUCAUUCAUUUUUAAUUAGAAUUUAAACAUGUUUAAUGAAAUAGCUUUGUUAGAACUAUUUUUCCCAAUUAGUGAGGUUUUUGGUAGGGAUCAGGUUUUUACAUUUCUGACACUGGAGCUUUAUGAAUUAUCUCUCAAGUUUUAAAGAUGAAUUAUGUAUUUCAAUUUCUGUGAUGUUGAAAGGUUUGUUUGUGUUAAAUAAAAAAAAAUAAGUUCCAGGUUAUUGCAAGUAUAGUAGUUACCUAAUAUAAUGUUUCAAUGCGUUUUUUUCUAUUUUUUUAAUAAGACGUGUAUGUUAAUUUACUUUUUUGUUAGAAUCUGUAUAUGAUUUGGAAUGUUGCAUUAGUAUUUUAACAUUCCUAACUAAUUUUAGAAAACAAAUGAUGUGUAUUGAAAACGUCUAUCAGAUUUUGUUUCAAGCAAUAUCUUACUAAAGAAAUUAAAAAAUCUUCUAGUGACUAGAAAACCAAGAAUUGGUGACUUACUGUUACUGGAUAUCUUCUCUCUCUCUCUCUCUUUUUAAUUUGUUACAUUAGUGGAUUGAUUUCUUUUCUUGCUUUUUUUUUAAAAUUCUCUACUGUUCUGUGGUUCAUGUUGUAGAGUUUUUUUAUGUCAAACUUUCUUCUGGCAAUUGCUAGAGGUAUUUUUCUAAUUUACUGCUUGUGAUCUACAGUAUUUUACACUGAAAAUAACACUUAUCUAGUAUUAUUAUUACUAUAUUAAAAAAUGUUUGAAAAUCAAGGGAUCUCUCAAAGUUACAUAAAUCAAUAUAUUAAUAACACAUGUUAUGUGGUACAUUUUGUGUUAAUUUAUUAAAUUUAACCUUGGAACUUAUUUUUUUUCCCCUUGUAGUUAUUUAUGUAGCCCAUCUUAAGAAAAACUCUCUGCAAUAGGCAUUUUUAGAAAUUUGUUGCAUUUGAUUGUGACACCCAAUACAGUCAUAGUUUAUGGGGGUCAAAAGAAAUAUUUGUUAAUAGGAUGUUGUGUCUCUACAUAAGCAACAAAUGAAAGUAUUACUUUUGUAUGCAAUGACCAUUUUCAAUAAAUAUUUGUAUCUA